CGCGCCCCGCAUCCCCGCCAGCGACUCUGAGGAUGGAGAAGAGGGCUCGGAGCUCCUCCAGAGAGGCCCACGGAAGAGGCGGCGGGUCCCCCAACAAGGAGAAGAAGAGGGCGAAGGCCGAGAAGGGCGGCGGAGCCCGCGGGCGCCGGGAUGCCGGCCCCGAGCGGCCGGCCCUCGGGCGGGCAGGGAGCCGGGAGGAGCCCCGGGCGCCGGCAGCCACCGUGGUGGACGUGGAUGAGGUCCGGGGCUCCGGCGAGGAGGGCACCGAGGUGGUGGCGCUGCUGGAGAGCGAGCGGCCCGAGGAAGGUACCAAGUCUUCCAGUUUAGGGGCCUGUGAGUGGCUUCUUGUCCUCACAUCCCUGCUCUUCAUUAUCCUGACCUUCCCUUUUUCCAUCUGGUUCUGCGUAAAGGUUGUACAGGAGUAUGAGAGAGUAAUUAUAUUCCGACUGGGACAUUUGCUUCCUGGAAGAGCCAAAGGCCCUGGCCUUUUCUUCUUUUUGCCCUGCCUGGACACCUAUCACAAAGUUGACCUUCGUCUCCAAACCUUGGAGAUACCUUUUCAUGAGGUUGUAACCAAAGACAUGUUUGUAAUGGAGAUAGAUGCCGUCUGCUACUACCGGCUGGAGAAUGCCUCUCUUCUCCUACGCAGUCUCGCUCACGUGUCCAAAGCUGUGCAGUUCCUUGUGCAGACCACCAUGAAGCGUCUCCUAGCACAUCGAUCCCUCACUGAAAUUCUUCUAGAGAGGAAGAGCAUUGCUCAAGAUGUAAAGGUUGCCUUGGAUUCAGUGACCUGUAUUUGGGGAAUCAAAGUGGAGAGAACAGAAAUUAAGGAUGUGAGGCUGCCGGCCGGGCUGCAGCACUCGCUGGCGGUGGAAGCCGAGGCGCAGAGACAGGCCAAAGUGCGGAUGAUCGCUGCAGAAGGGGAGAAGGCGGCCUCUGAGUCCCUGAGGAUGGCGGCCGAGAUCCUAUCAGGCACUCCAGCUGCUGCUCAGCUUCGGUACCUCCACACCCUCCAAUCUCUGUCCACAGAGAAACCUCCCACGGUGGUUCUACCUUUACCAUUUGACUUGCUAAAUUUCCUAUCUUCUCCAAGCAACAGAACUCAAGGAGGCAUUCCCCUCCCAAAUCCUUCCAAACCUGUUGAGCCAUUGAAUCCUAAGAAGAAAGACUCUCCCAUGUUAUAGGAGGAGACAAGGCUAAUGUGCCUGCAAAGAGGGCUGCCAUAUAACAGCCACAUCCCUGAGCGAGGCACUCUGUCCUCACUUCGUGCCCUUUCUUUGACUGCCAUAUGGAAUGCCCUUGGAGUGCGUGAAGUCACAGUGCAGCAACACACAUGAGGAGGCAGUGAAAUCAUGCAGUGACAGGGAAGCCAUAUAACAUGUUCAGGCAGAUCAUCUAAUCAGAGUAAUUAUGGGAAAGAGCUUUAGAUAGUGUUCUACUUUGGAAAGAAUUUUCAGUCUAUAUAUAUAUAUGGCUAAAUUUUGACUUCUGAAGAUGUAGUCCAAGUGUUCUUUAUGCUCUAUGCCCUCUGACCCCGUUGGGAAGGUCUUUGUUGCUCCCACAGCCCUUUCUACAUGCACCUAUCGUUAUGCUGAUCACAUUCUGUUGUAAUCUUGUACUUAAGAUGCCGGCUUCUCUCCAACUAUCCUACGAACUCCUUGAAGGCACAUCUUAAUCAUUUACCGCCCCCACCACACCCAAUCUUGUAUGGUCCACCCCAUGUAUUUGCACAUAACAAAGAUGACUGAGUUGCACCACAGUAACACUUAAAUGUUUCUGCAUGAAUGAAAGAAAAAGAGAUGUGCUUGGGCUGGAUAUAAAAUUGAUACCUAAUUAAAGAAUUUUAAAGGAAUUAUUUUAUGGCGACUCCUUUUUUAGAUAGAGAAAUAAAAGGACAAAAACAUUUAUCUGAUUCAUGUUGCUUAAAAUCUGAGGAAGCAUCACUAUAAAUAUGGGGCAAAUGUAUUUUCGUAUGGAAUUUACCAGUUACUUAUUUUUUAAACAGUAUGUGAUCUAUACAUGUCCUGAAGUAUUCUUUUCGAAUACAGAAAUUCCUUAAUAUAAAUGUAUUCCUAUAGUAUAAUUUGUCUUAUUUUCCAUUAACUUGCCCAAUACAAUCAGAAAUAUUUACCUACAGAAAAAAAUAGCCAAAUAAAUAAGAAAGCACAAUAACUCUAUAAACUUAAAAAAUCAGUAACAAUAUAAAACAUUACUAAAAUUGCAAAAAUAUGACUAAACUCAUGAUGUCAGUAAAAUGCUACGUGUAACGGCAGCUUCCGUGCUGCUUGUAGAGAGGAAAAUGGUGAUAACUCUCCCCCAGUACGUCACCAGUUGGUGAUGGCUAUGUCCUUGAAACUGCCUCUUGAUUCUUCACGUUAUUUGAUGUUACUGUUUUAUACUGGGUAAAGGGGAUGAACUGUGUGGGGAUGGAUGGAAACUAAACUUCUGGUGGUGAGCACACUGUAGUGUAUCCAGAAGUCAAUAUAUAAUGUUGUACACAUGAAACUUACAUAAUGUUAUAAACCAAUGUUACCUCAAUUUAAAAAAACCUUCCUAACAGUGUAUUAUAAUAAAGCGGGAUAUAACGAU